UGUCGGGUGCUGUGUGUCCGGCUGGUUCUAUCGCAGGGGCCAGGCUGCAUUUUUUUUUUGAAAGCAGAUUAAAGAUCAAGACAGGAAGGGCCACGCUCAGGGAAACAGGAAAACUGAUGCAAGGAAGUGGACUGCGUCACCAGCCUGCCCACCACAGUCCCAGCUAAAAGUAGAACCGAGACCCCGGCGCAAGAAUGGAGUCUUUGCUCAAGUCACUGAUGAAACUCCUACUUUUGACAGCAUGGCUCUCCAGUCUGAUGGAUCCGUGCAGCCUCUCCAACAUUUGCGAAAAUUGUCACCCAAAUGCAACAUGCCAGGCCCUGAACGGAUCAAACGCCUGCUUUUGCCGCCACGGAUAUACUGGAGAUGGAAAAAGAUUUUGCAACGAUGACAACGAGUGCCAGAACGUGACUGCUAUCUGCGGGAACAGGGCGAGCUGCACCAACACAGUGGGCAGCUACUACUGUACGUGUAUCUCUGGAUACACAUCAACAGGAGCGGCCGAGUUCCAGCUCAACGAUGGCACCGGAUGCGUCGAUAUUGAUGAAUGCAGGUCAGGACAGCGGUGUGGACCAAACUCACAGUGCCAUAAUACGAAUGGAUCUUUCUAUUGCACCUGUCAGCGUGAUUACAUCCAGACUUCAGGCACUAAGCACUUUCAUCCAGAGAGAGGUGUAAGAUGUAAAGAGCAUCCCCAAAGAUACUGCCAUGACAACACCGGGUGCAUCACACAGAUCGUCAACAAAACACUUGAAUAUAUGAGCAACCUCACGGAGCCCCAGAGUCUGCUGAGCGAAAUUGCCAAACAGACGUCGGGCGAACUCACCUCGGUGGAAGUGAUUGCGUACGUUGAGGCCCUGUGUCGAUCCGCAUCAACGCUGGCUGCCGAAGAAAAGGAUUACGCUGUCAAACCGUCCGUCGUCAACUCCACUCUUACCAAACUAGUGAAAGCAGUAAACAACUUGGUUGAGAAGGAUGAGCUGGUGGCUUGGAGCCGGAUGAAAGAGGAUCGUCGGGAACACACCAUCACCAAGCUGCUGCAUACUGUAGAAGAAAGUGCUCUGACUCUGGCUAACAACUACAGAACUCCAGCUGAGCUUGAAAUCAAAGCAUCAGAAAUGGAACUCAAAGUCUUUACCUUCGAUGUUCGUCACAUAAAAGCCACACUGUCUGCGUCGAUGGGGGGAGAUCAAAUAAGUCUAACUCCCAGACUGAGACCAGAGGGGGACAGGAAUGGAAGCGUGUCGGUGGUGUUUGUGCGAUAUGACAGCAUCGGUGACAUCCUGAAGCCGAGCAGCGACCCGGGUGUCACCGACUACUCUCGCCGCGCGGAGGCCGGGGAAAUCACUGUCAACUCCCAAGUCAUCGCGGCCGCCGUCAAACCUGCUGACGUUUACCAACUUGACCAUGUCACCUUCACUCUGAAACACAACCAGCCCGUAGACACCGCGGCGGAUGGCACCACGUGUGCCUUCUGGGAGUACGAGCCGGGCAGCUUUCGGGGCCACUGGGCCACUCAUGGCUGCAAGACGGUCCACGUCAGCAGCAACGCAACCACCUGCUCCUGCAGUCACCUCACACACUUUGCCAUCCUCAUGUCCUCCGGGCGAGCCAAUCUGGUGGCCCACUCCACCACCCUGACCCGGAUCACCCAGCUGGGGAUGAUCAUCUCCCUCAUCUGUCUGUCCAUGUGCAUCUUCACCUUCUGGUUCUUCAGUGAGAUCCAGAGCACCAGAACCACCAUCCACAAGAACCUGUGCUGCAGCCUCUUCAUGGCCGAGUUCAUCUUCCUGGUGGGGAUCAACAUGAACACUCACAAGCUUUUCUGCUCUGUUAUUGCAGGGCUGCUGCACUAUUUCUUCCUUGCAGCCUUUUCCUGGAUGUGCAUAGAGGGCAUCCAUCUGUACCUGCUCGUGGUUGGCGUCAUCUACAACAAAGGCUUCCUGCACCGCAACUUUUACAUCUUCGGCUACGGGAGCCCCGCGGUGGUGGUGGCCAUCUCUGCAACCCUCGGCUCCAAGUACUAUGGCACUGAUAAAGUGUGUUGGCUGAGCACAGAAAACCACUUCAUAUGGAGUUUCAUUGGGCCGGCGUGUUUGAUCAUUCUGGUUAAUCUCCUGGCUUUUGGAGUAAUCAUCUACAAAGUGUACCGGCACACCGCUGUGAAGAGGCCAGAAAUCAGCCACUACGAAAAUAUCAGGUCCUGUGCCCGAGGCGCCUUCGCGCUGCUCUUUGUGCUGGGAGCCACCUGGACUUUGGGAGUGCUGCACAUCCUCCAUGAGACCGCCCUCACUGCCUACCUGUUCACCCUCGCAAACGCCUUCCAGGGCAUGUUCAUAUUCAUCUUCCUCUGCGUCCUGUCCAGAAAGAUUCAGGAGGAGUACUACAGACUUUUCAAAAACGUGCCGUGUUGUUUUGAAUGCCUGAGAUGAGACCGAUCACCAAUAAAGCCUGAUAGCUCGCACAUGUACAAUAAUAGUCGACACUGCAGCUUUCAGUUAAAAUAAUAUGGGUGGAAUUUAGAACAGAUGUCUAACAAAUGAGAAUGCGCAUCGCUUAUGGUUUGUAAACAUAACCUUACUGCACUAUGCAUCAUGUUUGUUUCACACACCAUGGAAAUAUCCGUCUGUAUCAACAUUUUGAUAUAUUCCAAAGGCAAACAUGUUUUCCAGUUUAACUUAAUCACUCUGUUGUCUCUUCCCGGUGUUUGAAAUUGAUUUGUUAAUUAUUUAAAAAUCAAGCGUGGCAAAUUAAAAACAUCCCUUAUGCUCACUUUUAUGUGCAACAUGAAUGGAGUUGUUCGACGCAUUCUUAUAAAGAUCACACAGUGUGCAGUACAUUUGAGUUGAAUUGUCAGGAUUGUCGUUAGGAAGGUGGACGGCACCAUCUAGUGGACAUAAUGAGAAGCCAUAUAUGACACACAAAGAGCUGGCAGCACUGGUUACUGUACCCACAUGCGUUCUCUGCUCUAGCUCCUCUUUGUGUAUCUGUUCCUGUUUUGUAGCAUGUUGGUCCAUAGGACUUGUGUUGUAGCCCUUUAAGGACUUGUGAUACUGGGCUGUUCAGAAAUAAAUGUUUAUGGUUGAUGCUUUA